GGCCGCGCGGGGCCUGUGGGAAGCGAAGUGACGGAGCGAGCGGCUGUUGGAGGAAGGAGGUGGGGGCCGGGAGCGCAAAUGGCGUUGAGAUGGUUCAGGGCCCUGUUCAAACUCCAGUGCUGACCAUUCACCGUCGGAAGCGGCGGCGCAGGAGGUGGCGGCGGCCCAGUGGGGGCACGUAGCGGGCUCCGGCACCAGCUCCUGCGGCGGCGGUCAGGAAGGGCUAGGCCCGAGCCCGGCCGGCGGUGCUCGAGGCGGGGAGGGAAGUUGCGGGGCCGCCGCUCCUCCCCCCCCUCAACCGGGCUUCCUAUUUACUGAAAGCGCGGAGCCCCUUACCUCCCUUGGCGCCCCCGCCGGCCCUGUACCUUCGCGCGGGGUUCCCGCGUCCGCCCGUGGGCCCUUGGGAGCGGGAGAGGCGGAGGCGGCCCGUGGCCAAAGCACCCGCCAGGCGCCGAGGAGAAUAUGAAACAGGUGUCAAAAUGACAUCCAGAUUUGGGAAAACAUACAGUAGAAAAGGAGGAAAUGGCAGUUCUAAGUUUGAUGAAGUCUUCUCCAACAAAAGGACCACCCUUAGCACAAAAUGGGGAGAGACCACAUUUAUGGCUAAAUUAGGGCAAAAGAGGCCCAAUUUCAAACCAGAUAUCCAAGAAAUUCCAAAAAAACCUAAAGUGGAAGAAGAAAAUACUGGAGAUCCUUUUGGAUUUGAUAGUGAUGAUGAGUCUCUACCAGUUUCUUCAAAGAAUUUAGCCCAGGGUAAGGGUUCCUCUUAUUCAGAAUCUAGUGAAGCUGCUCAGCUGGAAGAAGUCACUUCAGUACUUGAAGCUAAUAACAAAACUGGUCAUUCGGUGGGUGAAGACAGUGAUAUAUCUGAUAAAUGCUUACCUUUGGAGGAUACUUUGCUUGGAAAAGAAAAGAGCACAAACAGAAUCUUAGAAGAUGAUGCAAGCAUAAGUAGCUGUGCUAAGUUGAUGACUUCAGUUAAGGUGGAGAAUUUUCAUGAAGAGUAUGAAAAGAAUAGUCACUAUAGUCACAGAAAUGCUGAAGACAGUACUAAGAAACCCAUUGCAGAAACAACAGUGGCUUCUGGAUAUAAAACUGAUGAAAUCAAGGAAACAAAUGAUAUUUGGAACUCCCAGUUUGGGAAAAGGUUUGAAUCACCAUCAGAAAUAUCACCAGUCAAAGGAUCUGUGAGAACUGGUUUGUAUGAAUGGGAUAAUGAUUUUGAAGAUAUCAAAUCAGAAGAUUGUAUUUUAAGUUUGGAUAGUGAACCCCUUUUGGAGAUGAAGGAUGAAGAUUUAAAAAGUCGAUUGGAAAAUCUAAAUGAAGCCAUUGAGGAAGACAUUGUGCAAAGUGUUCUUAGGCCAAGCAACUGUAGGACGUACUGUAGGGCGAAUAAAGCAAAAUCCUCACAAGGAGCAUCAAAUUUUGAUAAGCUAGUGGAUGGCACCAGUCAGGCCUUAGCCAAAGCAAACAGUGAAUCAAGUAAAGAUGGCCUGAAUCAGGCAAAAAAAGGCGGUGUAAGUUGUGGGACCAGUUUUAGAGGGACGGUUGGACGGACUAGAGAUUACACUGUUUUACAUCCAUCUUGCUUGUCAGUUUGUAAUGUUACUAUACAGGAUACUAUGGAACGAAGCAUGGAUGAGUUCACUGCAGCCACUCCGGCAGAUUUGGGAGAAGCUGGUCGUCUCAGAAAAAAGGCAGAUAUUGCAACUUCUAAGACCACUACUAGAUUUCGACCUAGUAAUGCUAAAUCCAAAAAGGAUGUUAAACUUGAAUUUUUUGGUUUUGAAGAUCAUGAUGAGACAGGAGGUGAUGAAGGAGGUUCUGGAAGUUCUAAUUACAAAAUUAAAUAUUUUGGCUUUGAUGAUCUCAGUGAAAGUGAAGAUGAUGAAGAUGAUGACUGUCAAAUGGAAAAAAAGACAAGCAAAAAAAGAACUAAAACAGCUCCAUCACCCUCCUUGCAGCCUCCUCCAGAAAGUAAUGAUAAUUCCCAGGGCAGUCAGUCUAGUUCUAAUAAUACAGAAAACUUGGAUUUUACAGAGGACUUGCCUGGUGUGCCUGAAAGUGUGAAGAAACCCGUAAAUAAACAAGGAGAUAAAUUGAAAGAAAAUACCAGAAAGAUUUUUAGUGGCCCCAAACGGUCACCUACAAAAGCUGUAUAUAAUGCCAGACAUUGGAACCAUCCAGAUUCAGAAGAACUGCCUGGACCACCAGUACUAAAGCCUCAGAGUGUCACAGUGAGGCUUUCUUCAAAGGAACCAAAUCAAAAAGAUGAUGGAGUUUUUAAGGCUCCUGCACCACCAUCCAAAGUGAUAAAAACUGUGACAAUACCGUCUCAGCCCUACCACGAAAUAGUUACUGCACUGAAAUGCAGAAGAGAAGACAAAGAAUUAUAUACUGUUGUUCAGCAUGUGAAGCACUUCAAUGAUGUGGUGGAAUUUGGUGAAAAUCAAGAGUUCACUGAUGACAUUGAGUAUUUGUUAAGUGGCUUAAAGAGCAGUCAGCCUCUAAACACACGUUGCCUUAGUGUUAUUAGCUUAGCUACUAAGUGUGCUAUGCCCAGUUUCCGAAUGCACCUGAGAGCACAUGGAAUGGUAGCAAUGGUCUUUAAAACCUUGGAUGAUUCUCAGCACCAUCAGAAUCUUUCCCUCUGUACAGCUGCCCUUAUGUACAUACUGAGUAGAGAUCGCUUGAACAUGGAUCUUGAUAGAGCUAGCUUAGAUCUAAUGAUUCGACUUUUAGAACUGGAACAGGAUGCUUCAUCAGCUAAGCUACUGAAUGAAAAAGACAUGAACAAAAUUAAAGAAAAAAUCCGAAGACUCUGUGAAACUGUACACAACAAGCAUCUUGAUCUAGAAAAUAUAACGACUGGGCAUUUAGCUAUGGAGACAUUAUUGUCCCUCACUUCCAAACGAGCAGGAGACUGGUUUAAAGAAGAACUCCGGCUUUUGGGUGGUCUGGAUCAUAUUGUAGAUAAAGUUAAAGAAUGUGUGGAUCAUUUAAGUAGACAUGAGGAUGAAGAGAAACUAGUAGCUUCCUUAUGGGGAGCGGAGAGAUGUUUACGAGUUUUAGAAAGUGUAACAGUGCAUAAUCCAGAGAAUCAAAGCUACUUGAUAGCAUAUAAAGAUUCACAACUCAUUGUUUCAUCAGCUAAAGCAUUACAACAUUGUGAAGAACUGAUUCAGCAGUAUAACCGUGCUGAAGAUAGCAUAUGCUUAGCUGACAGUAAACCUCUGCCUCAUCAGAAUGUAACUAACCAUGUGGGCAAAGCAGUGGAAGACUGCAUGAGGGCCAUCAUUGGGGUGUUGCUUAAUUUAACUAAUGAUAAUGAGUGGGGCAGCACCAAAACUGGAGAACAGGAUGGCCUCAUAGGCACAGCAAUGAAUUGCGUGCUUCAGGUUCCAAAGUACCUACCUCAGGAGCAGAGAUUUGAUAUUCGAGUGCUGGGCUUAGGUCUCCUGAUAAAUCUAGUGGAGUAUAGUGCUCGGAAUCGGCACUGUCUUGUCAACAUGGAAACAUCGUGUUCUUUUGAUUCUUCCUUCUAUAGUGGAGAAGAAAAUGAUAGUUUAAGGAUACCUGGACAAGUUCAUGCUGUUCAGGCUUUAGUGCAGCUAUUUCUUGAGCGAGAGCGAGCAGCCCAGUUGGCAGAAAGUAAAACAGAUGAGUUGAUCAGCGAUGCUCCCACCACUCAGCAUGAUAAGAGUGGAGAGUGGCAAGAAACAAGUGGAGAAAUACAGUGGGUGUCAACUGAAAAAACUGAUGGUACAGAAGAGAUACAUAAGAAGGAGGAGGAUGAUGAAGAACUUGACCUCAAUAAAGUUCCUCAGAUCAAUGUAACCACUGUGCGGGAAUAUCUGCCAGAAGGAGACUUUUCAAUAAUGACAGAGAUGCUCAAAAAGUUUUUGAGCUUCAUGAAUCUUACUUGUGCUGUUGGAACAACAGGCCAGAAGUCUAUCUCUAGAGUGAUUGAAUAUUUGGAACAUUGCUAGCUGCUUUCCCUUUGCUUCCGGUGCUUGGUAAUGCUGGAGCUAUUCUUAGACAAAGAAAAAUCAUGAAAGAAGUCCUUGAAGAUAUACCAAGAACAUUCAUCAGUGUCAUUCGUGUUUGGAUUUUUAAGACCACCUGAUUUCUUCGUCAUGCAUUCUGCAUUUGCUAAAUGACAGUUACUACAUCAAUCUGCAACUAUCAAAAAUGAGGGAAAAGGUUCAGGCUGUUAACAAUUCCAUGCAGUAUUUAAAUACAUUUACUUUGGCAGAGUUUAUGCCCUCCCCUUGUUUUCUUGCUUUACUCUUGGCAAGGUUUAAGGGGAAAAUUUGUGCUGCUGUUAGUGCAACUGCUGUGUGUGUUGAGCCACUGUUGUCAUGCCAGCCAGGUGCAAAGGCAGCUUAAGCUACUGAGGUAUUGAAUGUUCUGAGGACAUUCUAGACAACAGCUUAGUUCCUUUUUCAGGCUCAUUUGCUUUUGCUUUUUUGUUGAAUGAUUCCAAUCGUAAAUAAAGCUUUUAAUAAUUUUGUGAAUUUUUUGGUUGUUGUUCCCUGAACUACUGUUUAUAUUUAAAAUUAGAUGGAAUCCAAAGACACAAGGGAUUAAUAGUAUAUUUUUUUAUUCUUGAUUAGGUUUGGGUUAUUGGACUAUUUUUCACUUUUGUGACCACGACCAUAUCCAAUAUCAUACCAUAAUGUGUCAUAGCUGUAGACACAAGAAAACAAAUAGCAGUUGAGGGAAUAUUAUAUAAGAUGAUGUGCCCUGUUAAAGGAAUAAGCAAAAUAUACAAACCCAGGGUAGUUUACACUUAACACUAGGGAGGCUCUUGAAACAUUAUUAAGUUUUGAGGGAAGAUUCUCUAGAUAUAUUUUCUAAUGUUCAAUACAAUAAAUAUACGGAAGCUAAAACACCAAUGUGGAAUUCAUGUUUCCAGAUAACAUGUAUAUUCUUCUAUAGAAUGACAGGAUCAAUUGCAUAAGCGCAAAGCCUUAAAUUGCUGGUUUAGAGAAGACCCUUUUUUCAUUCAGAUUCUUUGUUCAUAAAACAGUUGUUUAAAAAAAAAACAGUUAUGGAACACACAAAACAUUUUAUACGUGUAGUUUUAUGGUGUUGCAGUUUUUUCUUUUACUGAUUAUUCAGACCACUGGUUAUACUUCUUUUUUUCGUUUUUAUUGAUUGGGCCUGAAUACAGGCUUUCCAGAGAUAUGUUUCGUUAAUGCUUUCAAAUACCUUUCAGGUAGUUACAUCAUGUUUCACAUUGGAUUUAUAAAACUUAAAGCCAUAAAAAUAUUAGUUUGGUGUGUAUUGGGGAAAAUAGCUUAAAGUCUAAUUUUUACCCAUUUAGACUUUGUUAUUUCCUUGUAUAAAGUGACAAAUCGGGGCUCUUGUAUCAGUGCCAGCUGUAAUGUUUUUUAAUGCAGUGGCUGCCUUCUAUUGUCUUCCUAUUUUUGAUAAUGCAGAUUGUUGGGAAAUCUAUAAGGAAGUAACUGAUUCCAGGCAAAUUGUUUUCUUCUUCCCUUCUACCCACCCCAACCCCUACCCGUCACUUUUUAAGAACAUAGUAUACCAGUGUAACGUGGGGGAGAUUGAAAUUGUAUUUACCCUGAGUAUAAAAGCUAGCUUAGCAAACUAUUUUAAAAGCAUAUCAGUAAAUGAUACCCAUAAAAUUAAAUUAGUUAGGUAUGUUUUGCUUAAUUAUUUUAAAGUACAUUGGUAUUUAUUAAUCAUUCAUUGGCUUUAGGGAAAGAAACAGAUUUGGUAAAACUGAUUUGUUUUCAGAAGGUGAGAAUAUUAUGAAGCAUUUGGAUGAGAACAAUCAGGGUGAGCUACAUUUUUCUGUUACACUGGUAAUCAUUUUGAGAAUUGAUUUACCUCAGUGUUUAACAGUUUUUUGUUUUGUUUUGUUUCUUAAAUAAUAACUAAUUGUCAAGCACUGAUAGAGAUGCAGAUUUUGGUGGGGGAGAUGACCCCUCACUGACUUUUGCAGUGCAUUUGUGUGUUUUUAACCCUCAGAGAACUCUGCAUUUUAGGGUACUUGAGGCUGACUUGCAAAUUAACUAAAGUUUUAAAGUAACCUUUUUUUUCCAUUGUAAAUAUUUCUGUAAAUAAUACCAAUUGGAAAUUAGAACAGUAGAGUACUUUUCUGAAUCCGAUCCUAUUUUUAUUUUAUACAGUAUUUCUCAGCUGUGAUCUUUGGAGCAAAAGCCAACGGCAGGAAAAAAUAGUUUGUACCAGUUUCAUGAAGUAUGUCUUUGGGUUUUUGUAAAUAAUUUUAACUCAAAUAAAAUUGCUACUUUCAAUACA